AUGUUGUGUGCGCUCGUAUUGCUUGCUACCGUCGUUCUUUGCAGCAGCCAUGCUGUACUGCCUUUAGUGGCACCAGCUCAUCAUGGUGCAGUAGUCGCAUCAGUGCCUGUGCACGGCUAUGCAGGACAUGGUUAUGGAGGAUAUGGAUUUGGAGGAUAUGGUCAUGGUUACGGUUACGGAGGACUAGAUGGAUAUGGUUUCGGACAUGGAGGCCACGGUAUUGGAGGUCAUGGAUACACUGGAUAUGGGUUGGUUGGGCACGGUGCACAUCACGUCUUGAAACGUUCUCCUCAUAUCGUCCCAGUACCAGUAGCUCACGUGGCUCCUGUUGCACAGAUCGCUCCCGUUGCUGUGUCUCAUCAGUCUCGAUUGGAUGUGCAUUCUUCUCCGGCUGUGGUUUCUGCUUCAGUUGUUCAACCAGUCGUAGCACCUGUACUCCAUGCUGCUCCUCUCUUGCAUAAGUCUUUAGUCGCUGCACCCCUGCAUUUUGGUGGACUUUAUGGCGCUGGAGCUGGUUACUACGGUGCUGGACAUCUUGGCUAUGGGCACUACUAG